UGUUCGCGACUUCUGAAUUCUCGUCUCUGCAGUCACGAACCGCUGAACCGUAAACGAACAGUUCAGCACUUCCUUCCCGCGAAAGCAGUGGAAAGUGGAUAAUCUUCUCUGCAUUCCGUGCAGCGCCUGCGCCUUGCCGUGGAAGGAAAUGGCGCAGCCGCUCCCCGAGACCCCGUCGCUCACCGGCCGCCGAGUGGCGUUCACGACGCCGCAGACGGGUGGCGGCGGUGCGUACGGCGGCCGCCUGGGCGCGCUCCUGCGGCAGCGCGGCGCGCAUCCGGUCCCCGUGCCCACCAUCGCCGUCCACCCGCACGACCCCGACCGCCUCCGCCCCUUCCUCCUGCCCGGCGCCCUGGACCCCUUCGCCGCACUCGCGUUCACCUCCCGCUCCGGCAUCUCCGCCUUCGCCCGCGCCCUCUCCUCGUCCUCCCACCACCCCCUCGCCGACGCCUCCGCGCUCCCCUUCACCGUCGCGGCGCUGGGCAGCGACGCGGACCUCCUCGACCACGCGUUCCUCUCGCGCCUCUGCGGCGCCGCCGCCGGGACGAGGGUAUCUGUGCUCGUCCCCGACGUGCCCACCCCGGCCGGCCUCGUGGAGGCGCUGGGCCGCGGGUCCGGCCGCCGCGUGCUCUGCCCCGUCCCUGACGUCGUCGGCCUCCGCGAGCCUCCCGUCGUGCCGGACUUCCUCGCGGGGCUCGAGGCGGCCGGGUGGGUAGCCGUGCGCGCGCCGGCGUACACCACGUGCUGGGCCGGGCCGCGCUGCGCGGAGGCGCUGGUGGAUCCGGACGCUGCGCCGCUCGACGCCGUCGUGUUCACGAGCACGGCCGAGGUGGAGGGCCUGCUCAAGAGGCUGGAAUCCGCGGGGUGGACCUGGGCGCGGCUGACGGCGCGUUGUCCCGGCAUGGUCGUGGCAGCGCACGGACCGGUCACCGCCGGUGGCGCGAGGAGCCUCGGGGUUGAGGUGGACGUCGUGAGCGCCAGGUUCAGCAGCUUCCAUGGGGUUGUCGAUGCUCUUGCCGCGACAUUUUCUUCCGAGAAGAUAGUGUAGUUGAAUUUCUCAUUGCUACAACAUGAAGAAUUGGAAACAGCCGCAAUUCGCCCGUUUCAUGAAUCAUGAAUGUUCCGAGCUAAGUGAAAGGACCAACUGAACGCCGGUCGCCGUGGAACGGGCUACAUGGCAUCUCGGCAUUGCCUACUGUUUCCUAAAUAAAACGUCGAACGGCUGGGGCUGCUGAUCAGACACAGAAGAUGACAACCGCGGCAAUGUCCGUGUGCCUGUUUUGCAUUGCAGCACUCAGGAUGGACAUGGUUCACCUUCAGGCACUCACACCACAUUACCAUUGCGACGAUAACAUUUUUUACAGGAUCUAGCAUGUUUUAUUGUCAGUAAUUUUAUCUGAGUUAUUUAUAUUUACCUCAUGACAAGUGCAUGUACAGCAAUGAGGGUUUUUCAAUUUGUUGAUGUACAUGAAAGUUGCCAGUAGUUCAGUCAGUCGAACUGUUUACCUUUA